CUUUGUUGAAUUGUUCCACAUCGAAUUAUACAUAGAUCAAGCACUAUUAUCAUUCAUGGAAGAUGGCAAGGCUACAUGUUACCGUGACAUUCCAACGUCAACACGACCCGACAGAUUCAGACUUGACAGUACUUGCAUGUGGCUCCUCAUCAGCGACUACACAGACUCUGCUGGCAUCCGAUUGCCUGACCAUAACUUUAAUGGAACUUAAUAUCCCGCAAAACUGGCUGAAGACGAUCAUAUCUGUCAGAUCCCGUGAAUGGCUUGCCACUUUUGCGCCUCGAUGAUAAUGUUUCAAUGUCUUUAUAGCCUAUUCUAAGCUCUCAAAACAACCUCACUGCUCCCAACCCAGCCAGUAUGUCGACCACGCAGAAGGGCCUGGAAUGCCUUAUGGUAUGGUAUUAUCUGUCGUUCGUUUAUGGGAACAAUGCAGUACUGUACUAGCGAGUGGCAAAAUUGGGUUCUUGGAGAGGAAGAAGUCAUCAUCCACAUCAAAGCUUCUUAUGACGUGGGCAUCAAUACCUUUGACACCGCAGACACAUAUUCCAAUGGACUUUCUGAUGUCAUACUCGGAAAUGCGAUCAAAAAGCUCAGCUUACCUCGGGACGAGAUCGUAGUCACGACAAAGGUCUAUAGAGUCGUCGGACGUACCCUGAGUGAAAAGCUCUCCAAACCAGGUGUACGUCUUGAUGAAUUAGGCUACGUUAAUCAAAGGGGUUUGAGUCGCAAGCAUAUUUUCGCAUCCAUCAAGGGCGUUUGCAACUUGAUUAUGUUGAUGCUGUCGUGUUUGUCCCGACCCGGUGUUCGAUUAAAGAUCGUUCUGACAACCAUUCUGUCAUGUUUCUGAUCUUGAUGCAGCUCCAGUCCAGACUACGCGAUCACAAACCAUCUACACUUUUCAUUUCUAUGCAGAACCACCACAAUUUGGUUUAUCGCGAAGAGGAACGAGAGAUAUUUUUGGCCUAGGCUACUGCGUUGAAUGCAUACAAUAUCACUGUAACGCAAUGCAUGCGCUGUCCCCUUUUGACUGACAAUGCUGUCUUUUCUU